AUGAACACCUCAAGCAUGGCGCAGGAAGACCAAGACCCUAAAGAAGAGAAAGAAGAGCUACUCGAAUUCGAGACGGCUAUGAGAGACUUUUCUACGAUGUUUCCAUCGAUUUCAAGGGACGAAAUCGAACGGGUACUGAGGGCAAACGACGGCGAUGUCGCAACAACCAUUGACGACCUUCUACUAAUUUCUCUUGAGGCCACUCAAAUCUCCUCUCCAGCGUCAAGUUCAUACCGAAGUCAGAGUGCCCCAUCUCCAAAUAAGGUAAGUAAGAGGAUAUGA